GCAGUCAGCAGCUUCCUUAGUUACCCCUCACCACCAGCUAGGGCUGAAACAUUGAAGCCAAAGUCUAGUGGAAGAGUGCUAACCAGCACUGAAAACUUAGCUCUGGUGAAAGAAAAAGAGAGGCAGAAGGAAGAGAAGCAAAGAAAGGAGGAGGAGAGGGAAAGAAAAAAGAAGGAGAGAGAAGAAGCUAAAUAUAGAGACACCAUGAAAGUCUCGCUAGGACAGAAGAAGUCUGGAGUAUGUAGAAAGCUGGCAGGAUUGAGACGUUGCAGACAAAGUAUAUACUCCUGUGACAGAGACCUUCCAUCUACCACAUAUAUCAACACUUGACUCAGAUAUUGAAGACAGUGACGAUGACUGGAGGUGUCUCUCAAGGCUACAUGUCCCAGACCAAGGUUAUUACAUGUUCAGGACAUCCAGGUUUGGUGGAUACUCUAGACGUAUUGACACAUGUUUUACACAUCUAUCUAUCCCCAACACUAGGAACUAGACUGCAGUCAGCUGCUGCUCUGUCAGACAGCGAAUCAAGACUGAAAUGUUCAGCGUUCUGCUGAUAUAUAGCUCUAUCUACCAUAUUCGGACCGACUAUGAUUUCCUCCUGGUCAAGUUGUUUCGUACUGACGGUGGUCUGGCCCAGGUACUGAGAGAGGUCCACCUACUGAGACUACUGAAGGACCUGAAUAAUGAAGAACUAGCAAGUGUCAGCAGCCACAUUACCAAUACAACUAAGAGAAGUAUGUCAUGUCUUGGUAACAAAGAAAGAGUGUGUGAUUGUGUAAUUGCGUGCAGAAGCAAAAAGGACC